AUGAUUUAUGAUGCAGUCCGUGGUUUAGGUGUAGAAGAUGAAAAUAUCAUAUUAUUGAUUCCAGAGAAUUCAGCCUGUAAUCCAAGAAAUAAUGAUCCGGGAAUCGUAUGUCCUGUAGACGAAUAAAGUGAACCUAAUUUAUUUAAAAACGCAGAAAUUGAUUAUAAAUCAGCCGACGUAAGUGUAAAAACAUUAUCUAAUAUGUUAAGAGGAAGAUACACUAAAUUUACACCAAGGUCUAAAAGAUUAGUCACUAAUAAAAAUACGAAAAUCUUAACCUUUUUUACAGGGCAUGGAGGUGAUGGAUAUUUAAAAAUGUAAGAUACAGACUUUGUUUUAGAUGAAUAAUUUGAUGAAAUUUUAUAAGAAAGUUAUAUUAAAAAUCUAUAUAAAGAAAUGCUUAUGAUAAAUGAUAGUUGUAGUGCUUCUACUAUUUUCGAUAAACUCACGGCACCAAAUAUUUUUGGUCUAGGUAGUAGUUCUUUUGGUUAGAAAUCAUAUUCUAGUGGUUUUGAUGAAAAUUUAUCUGUAUCUAAAUCAGAUUAAUUAUCAUAAAUUACUUAUUAUUAUUUAAAAAAAAACUUAAUGAAAAACAAAGAAUUAACUUUAGCUGAUCUUAUGACAGAAUUUCCAUCUUCAGUUUUAAAAGGUGAUAUAGGUUACAAAAAUACAAACCCAAAAAAAGAUUAAUCUAAGGAAAUAAAAGUUUUUAUUGAAGUCGAAGAAUAAAAUAAUGUUUGUAAAAAAAUAGAAAAUUUCUUUAUUCCUCAUGAAAAACCAAAAUAGUUUAAAAGAGAAAUCAGAGGAAUCCCUAACGGAUUAAUCGGUUUUGAUAAUAUAGUUGAUUUACCAGAAAAUAAGGACCAUAUUAUCAAUAAAGUUGAUUUUUGGUAUUAUUAAGAUAUGAUAAUGUGCCUCAUGACAACUUACUUAUUAUCAAAUGGGGAAAAAAAGUGUUUAUAAUCUUUCGGAAGUAAUAACAGAGUCCAAAUGAAACAUGUAGAAUUAAAACUUUAUGGAACUGAAUACAUAAGUAAUAUUGAAGGUUUAUAAGGACAAAAAUAAAUCGAAUAUUUAAAGCUAACAACAUCUAAAGGAAAAUUUAUUGAAGUAGGUUCAGAUUUAAAUUAAGGAAGAUGUAAAAAAUUUGAACUUCCAAUAAAAACAAAUGAAAUAGUUAUUAGUUUUUUAGGAAAUAUAGAUAAACCUUAUUUAUAAAUAGAAUAAAAAUGCAAAGAUCAUAUAAAAAAUAAUUAACAAUAACUAUAAUAACAUUAAGAAUAAAAACAAUAACAAUAACUAUAUUCCUUAGAUAUUUUCUCUUAGCUUUAACUUCUUAAUCCCCAUAAUCUCCUCCGUAUUAAUCCUGAUCAUUUUUAAGAAUAAUUAGUUAUUAUAAACUGA